AACUGCAUUCAGAGAAUGGAUUUCAAUCACAUGGCUGUGUCACUAAAACAACAGUGGGACAUGACAAAUCCUUUGCCAAAUAAAAAGAAAUGGAAAGUAAAAGCAAAUAUAAAACAAACAUUCUUUCAUUGCAACUCAUUUCUCUUGGGGUUGACAGGUGAUCUAAAAAACCUGAAAGUUUAUGACACACUUGAGGCACAUUCUCUCAUUGACUGAAGUGAAAUCUUAACCACACCCUCUUAGGUUUCCCAGUAAAGAGUUACAACAUACAACAGCAGUGGCUGGUGGGUAUAUAAAACAAAGUGUAAUGCUCAACUCACAUUUAGAAUGGUUGCUUGCAUAGCAGGAGAAAUGAAUGUUCAUCUUUUAUUGACAGUGACACUACUGUGUAUUACCAGGCUUUGCCCUGCUGUGUGUGGGGUUAAUUUAGGCACCUGCAUCCUCCAAGGCGACCCUCAUCUCCCUGAUCUCUUCGAGGAUGGAGACUUCAUUAUUGGAGGGGCUUUCACCAUUCAUUAUUAUGUGAAGACAGAGAAGCACACCUAUACUAGACGGCCACAACCACUAGAGUGCAGUGGCAGCAUGGACUUCAGAGGGUUGCGCCUUGCUCGUGCCUUGCAGUUCACUGUCCAAGAGAUAAACAACAGCUCCGAUCUCUUACCGGGCAUCACUCUAGGGUACCACAUAUAUGACUCGUGUGCUUCUGUGCCAAUGGCGAUUAAAGUAGCUUUGCAGCUUGCCAACGGACUAGAUCUGGUAUUUAACGACUCUGAUUCCUGUGCAAAAUUUGCUGCAGUUCCCGCACUAGUCGGAGAUUCUGCUUCCACGCCGGCUGUAAGCAUUUCAAGACUUUUGGGUCCUCUUGGAAUUCCACAGGUGAGUCAUUACGCAACAUGCGCGUGUCUCAGUGACAAGCAGCAGCACCCUACUUUCUUCAGGACCAUCCCCAGCGAUCACCAUCAAGCGGCAGCACUGGCACGGAUGGUCAAGCACUUCGGAUGGACGUGGAUCGGAGCUGUGCGCAGUGAUUCAGACUAUGGGAACAAUGGCAUGGCAUCAUUCCUGAAAGCUGCAGAGGAGGAGGGAAUCUGUGUGGAGUAUUCUGAGGCCUACUACAGGACCCAGCCGCGCAGCAAACUGAAAAGAGUUGCGGAUGUUAUUCGCAAGUCAACGGCUCGUGUAGUAGUUGCCUUCAUGGGCGCAGGUGAUAUAAAAUUUCUCUUAGAAGAGCUGAGCCUGCAGCCUCCUCCCCCGAUGCAGUGGAUUGGCAGCGAGGCGUGGGUUACAGACCCACAGAUGAUGCGGUUCAAUUUUUGUAUUGGUGCUGUGGGCUUUGCAAUCCCGCGAUCUGUUAUCCCUGGUUUUCGUAACUUUCUACUUGACCUGUCUCCAGAACAAGCUCUAAAAUUUCCCCUGCUGACAGAAUUCUGGGAAAGUUCAUUCAGCUGUAGUCUAAAACGGCAGACAGGUUCUUCUACUGGUAUGCCAGCAUGUGAUGGCACAGAGGAUCUGCGCGCUUUACAGAACCCGUACACAGACACGUCCCAGUUACGGAUCACUAACAUGGUGUACAAAGCCACAUAUGCUAUAGCUCAUGCCCUCCAUAGCAUCAUCUGUAACGAAAAUCAAUGCGACAAAAACAUCAAAGUUAUGCCCCGACGUGUUUUUGAUCAGCUCAAGAGAGUGAAUUUUACUAAAAAUAAUUACCCCGUUUCAUUUGACACCAAUGGAGACCCUGUGGCCACAUAUGAACUUGUGAAUUGGCAACUUCAAGAAGACGGUUCAGUUGAUUUUGUGACCGUGGGUCAAUAUGAUGCAUCCAAGCCUAAAGGCCAAGAAUUCAGUCUGAACAGAGCUAUCAUUUGGUAUGAUGGCAGUGAAAAGGUGCCUGUGUCUGUGUGCAGUGAGAGCUGUCAUCCAGGUACGAGGAAGGCUGUGAAAAAAGGAAGACCUGUCUGCUGUUAUGACUGCAUUAACUGUGCAGAAGGAGAAAUCAGCAAUGAGACAGAUUCUUUAGAUUGUCACAAAUGCCUGCCUGAGUAUUGGCCCAAUAAUGAGAAGGACAAGUGUCUUCCUAAACCAGUGGAGUUUCUCUCCUGGGAUGAGAUCCUUGGGAUUAUACUGGCUGCUUUCUCUGUUGCUGGCUCUUUAGUGGCUUUGAGCAUAACUUUAGUGUUCUACAAAAACAGGACCUCUCCAAUAGUAAAAGCCAACAACUCAGAGCUGAGCUUCCUGCUUCUCUUCUCAUUGUCUCUGUGUUUCCUCUGUUCACUUACUUUCAUUGGUCGGCCCACUGAGUGGUCCUGUAUGUUGCGUCACACAGCAUUUGGGAUCACCUUUGUCCUCUGUAUCUCAUGUGUUCUCGGGAAAACUAUAGUAGUGUUAAUUGCCUUCAAAGCUACACUUCCAGGAAGUAACGUCAUGAAAUGGUUUGGACCUCUUCAACAGAGACUCAGUGUCUUUGGUUUCACUCUUGUGCAGGUACUUAUAUGUGUGCUUUGGUUAACAAUAUCGCCCCCUUUUCCUUAUAACAAUAUGCAUCAGUACAAAGAAAAGAUCAUUCUAGAAUGCAGUUUAGGAUCAGCUAUAGGUUUCUGGGCUGUACUGAGUUAUAUUGGCCUCCUAGCUUUCCUUUGCUUUGUUUUAGCUUUUCUUGCCCGAAAGCUGCCUGAUAACUUCAAUGAGGCUAAAUUCAUCACAUUCAGUAUGCUCAUAUUCUGUGCUGUAUGGAUCACCUUUAUUCCAGGCUAUAUCAGUUCUCCAGGGAAAUUCACUGUAGCUGUGGAGAUAUUUGCUAUUUUAGCUUCAAGCUUUGGUCUGAUUCUCUGUAUUUUUGCUCCUAAGUGUUUCAUUAUUGUUCUUAGACCAGAGCAGAAUACCAAAAAACAUUUAAUGGGUAAAGUACCAUCAAAAGCCCUCUAAGAUGCAUUCAAUUGGAAACUGCUUAAUAGUAAUUAUUUAAUGUUAAUGUACCAGUUUUCAAAAUACUGAUGUAACUAUUUUACAUAUUGGUGUUAUAUGUGCAAAUAUGUUCUGUAUACUGUGUAUGUACUGUAAUAUUGUUGAAAAAAACAAAACAGUUUGAAAAAGAUAAAAGAUCUGUUGUAAAACUCAUUUUCAGUACUUAAAUGCACAUUUAAAAGUGCCUCCUCAAGAAGCAGUUUUUUAAAGCUUUGAUAUAAAAUGCUAUCAUCUCUCAUGUUUUUCCACUUGGUAACAUAGUUCUGCAAUAAUGGUGCAAAUUUGUA